CUUGCCGUGUCUUAAAAAGUUAAACCCUUUUCUCCUCUCUCGGGGUCUCCCCCGCCAUCUUUGAAGAGCGCCAGACUUAGAGGCGCUUCUCUCCCGUUUGGCGGCUGCGCAGUGGAAAACGAGCGAAUUUCAACGAGCAUGGCGGGUAGUUUUCUCCGCACUGAUUCGCAGUUGAUCGUUGCAGAACUUAAGCGAAAGGACAGGCUGCUGAAGCUCAAGCGAAGGUGCCUGCCUGAGUCUAUGCUUAGGGAAGAUGAUGUAUUUUAUGAUAGUGUUAAAACGUUUGUUGAACAAGCAUUUGGAGUACACCAUGUUGAAAGAGAGGUCAAAACAACUUGUCAGUUUCUCAACGUGAACAACAUCGAAGGCAUCUUGUUGUCUUGUCUUGAUUCUUUGACCACUAAAGGUCUUUACCUUGUUUCUAUGUUCCUUACAAAAGGUGUGCAGAAGUUUGAAAAGACUCGGAAAAAAAUGAGAAAUGUUAUCCAGAAAUCUAUUCCAGGAUUUCUUAGGAAUCUGAAUAGCAAGGAUGACAAAGAGUGCUGUUCACAUUACUUUCAAUGGAAUGUUGCUGCAAUAAAACUUUUGGAUAGACUAAAGGACUUGCCAACUGAAGCCCUGUUUGCUAUGCGCAGGAAACUAAGAGGGUUACCGGCAGAAUUACCUUGUUUGCAGAAAAGGAGACAUGGUUGGAGUCGAGAUACCCUGAUUUGUAAGGUUAAGAGAACCAUUAGGAAGAUGCUAUCAGAACUUGUUGGGAGUGGAAGGCAUAGCUUCCAGGAACCUUUAACCAUGGCCCUAGCAGUUGCAGGUUUAUCACUAAAGCUGAAAAGAUGUCCUGGUUCUUGCAUGACUGACUUCAUAAAAUUUUCACCAGAAAUAGAACUGUUACAGACAGAAAUCAUAAAGGCUAUUUGGUUACUGGAAACGAAGGUCAGAAUGCCAGAGCUUCAAGCCUUGCAACAUCUGUUGGAUCCAUGUGCUAAUAUCCCAGCACGGUCUUUACGAACAGCAAUGAAGAAAUUAUUCACCGAGUAUCUUUUUGACUGCAAUGAGUUAGACUUCAUUCCCAAGGGGUUUCUGAAAGCUCUAAAUCUUACAAAUAGGAGCUCUCGAGUUUCACCCGAUGGCUACUUGAUGACCCAUGUUAUUGAAGAGGAGGCAGAAUCUAUCAUAAGUGUAAGUUCUGAUAUAAAGCAACUUGUUUGGGAUUUAAUUCCUGGCUAUGGGCUUGCUGAGAAUUUUGGCGAUGCAUAUGCGGAAGAGCCAUGUGGAAGUGAAGAUGAUGAUUGUGGUGAUGUGUCUCCCAAGCAGCAAGAAUUCGACUCCCCAAGUUUCAGAUUUGGUUCUAUGUACUCAGAGAACGAUGAAGAGAGCUUUGCAGAAUAUACACCUUUAGACGUUGAGCUAGACAUACCUAACCCUGAUCAGGAAGGUCAGAGUCUUCCUAGUACACAUAAUGACUGCAAGAUUGGCAACCCUUCUCUCAGCAUGGUUUUAAAAGUCGAGUGUGAUAUGAAAGCUGAAUCUUAUCAGAGUAAUGCAAAUAGUCUAAGAAACGCAUCAGGUUUCCACGAAUUAAACCUUUGCUCUAGAGGGGAAGAAUCUGGUCCUAGCAAUCAGACUCUUUGUAACAAUUUGUACCUUGAUGUCCAAGAAGCUUCCGAUGAGACAAGUUUAGUAGCCUACAAUCUCAUUGGUUCUCUAUUAGCAGAGUUCACAUUAGAAGACAGGCUUGAUCUAGAUUAUACAGAUGGAUAUCUGAGAGGCAACUAUUCAUAUCAACGGGAUGCAGGUAUUGAAGUGUUUUCCUUUUUGUUUGAAAGGUGGAGUGGAAAAACUGAAGGAGCUGAUGGGCACUUGAAAAUUGCUUGGUAUAGUCCGGAGCAGCCCAGAAUGAUAUGCCAGUAUUUUGGCUAUGUUGACGAAGCUCAUCUCCUUUUGCCGAUAUGUGCAUGGUUAAGAAUGACAGGAAGGGAGUUGAAGGCUUGCAGAUUAGGAAUGACAGGAAAUGGGUAUCUGUCAAGCUCCUUCCCAAUGCGUUUGUGGUCAGCAUUGGUCUUAGGUUUGAUCAGGGAAAUUGGCCUUGCACCGAGCUUGGUGUCUGGAGACACUCCAUUGUUCAGGAAUGUGAUCGAUAAGGAAUUCCUUGAUGGAUUAUUCUCUCGCGAGCUUCAGAUCAUUACCAGUGUCAGUGGAGCAUACCGUAGCAUCAAGCAUCGUGCAACGGUGAAUUCUGAAAUGGAAAUGCUGUCAAUUGCUUGCUUCCAUUCUCCAAAGUACGACGGUGAAAUCGGUCUUGCUGCUAGCAUGAUCACAGAAGAGACGCCUGCUGUGUUCAAGAAGGUGACUAUAAGAGAGUUCUACAAUGGCCUCUUCUCCCGCCAGCUUGACAGCAAGGCUUACAUCGACACAUUGAAAAUCCAACAGAAAGAGAACCAUUGA